AACUUUAUUCUCGACAAAAUCUGUCCUCCAGUCGAAGGAAAAAGAGCUGGGCAAUUUUUGUUAGAAUUUACAAGGAUGCAGGUUGACUACUGGGUAAGGGACUUUGUGCGAACGCAUAAUGUUUCACUUGAACUGGCCUAUCCGCAUUCAUGCGCGCGGCUGCGCUGCGACAACUUCGCCACGGGCAAUUGUAUGAAGAGAAAAAGAAUGGGAAACUUGUAGUGUUCCCAGUUCGCUAUGAAAUACGGGUGUUUAUGAUUAUGUACAUACGGUGCAUUAGCUGCAAUUUCUUCUCAUUUUCACUAUUUCCAGUGCCGAUUAGUGUUCAGUACGAGUUGUCAGGUG